AAUUCGCUCCCCGGUAACCCUUCCGUACUGAUUUACCGAGGCCAACGACAGUGACGAUUCCCGAUGACGAUUUGGAUCGCUCCGAAGCGUUACAAACGACGGAUAUCAUGUGUGUUGCUAUUGUUCGUCGGUGUUUAUUUCCUGUACACAACAUGGGAACCGGUUCCGCCGGGCCACAGCUGCUUUCAGAAUACGCCCGACGAUGACGGCGACCGAGUACUGCUAGAAGAUGUACAACAAGCGACUCUCCAGCCAACAAGCGAUGGACGUAACAUUUUCUUCCACGAAACGUCCUGUUCGGCUGAUGGCAUCGUACGGUUGAGUGCUCGUCAAGCCUGUGCAAUUGAAUCCGCCGCCCGGACGAACCCGGGCUGGAGCAUCUUCGUGCUGUUCGCGGCUCCAGUAGGAUUCCAAAGUAAUCACAGCACGGCGCUACCGAUUAUUGACUCGCUGCUACAAUAUCGGAACGUACAUUUGCGAUACGUUAACCUGACUACCUACGGCAACGAUACGCCGCUCGACGAGUGGAUGCAGAAUGGCGAAAUCUAUCGAUCCCAGUACAUGAACUCUCACCUGUCGGAUGUGAUGCGAUACCUGACGCUUUACAAAUACGGUGGGACGUAUCUUGAUCUGGACGUAAUAGUGCGACGACCAUUCGAUGGACUGGAGGCGAACUACGCCGGAGCGGAAUCGGUGCGAUGGGUCGCUGCGGGAGUGUUGAACUUUGAGCCUAACGGACACGGCCACGAGCUGGCCGAUAUGUGUGUUCGGGAUCUAUUGGCAAACUUCAACGGUAAGGAUUGGGGCAACAAUGGGCCCGGAGUGAUAACGCGCGUACUUCAGAAAUAUUGUCACACGCGCACCACGGUCCACAUGACGCGUGAACGGUGCAAACAUUUUACCGUUCAUCCGAUCAAGGCGUUCUACGCCAUCGGGUUCGACGACUUUAAGCAGUUUUUUGAAGAGUCCUUUCUCGAGCAAGCUCUUAGCACACUGAAACAAUCGGUCGUGGUGCAUGUCUGGAACAAGUUCAGCAAAUCACAUCCGGUCGUGGUUGGGUCCCGGGUGGCUUACGGAGUUCUCGCCGAUCAACACUGUCCCAAAGUGUACCGCUCUUGCGGUAAAGUGUUUUAACAAAGCCUCACUCAACCACGAUUGCGAAUCAUUUCAUGUUAUCAUUCAUGUUACUAUUUUUCUUAUUAAUUAUAUUUUCGUUACAGGACAAGCUUUUUAAGAGCCAUACAAAUCACAUUUUAAAUUAUUAGUCUACUUUUUCCCCAUCCAACGAACUUCUGUACAACCGUUCGAUCGACGGCGAAAAUCGCUCGUACAGAAGUUCCUAAGUUCGUUUCUUUGCUAUUUUAAAAACUUGUAAACGUACUCGGAACCUACUUGUUGCAACCUAUCCCUCUGAAUCAUGUUUAAUGACAAACCUUCCGGUGAAUCUCAUUGCUCCAUUGUAAAAUAUUUUGUCUUUCGAUCGUCUCUAAUGCAUUUUUUCAAGUAUGUUCAUUCGAAGAGGUGCUUUUAUUUUAUUUCUUAAUCUAUGUUCAAUUUUGAUCUGAUGUUUGCUGGAAAUGAUCCAACAUAAUGUAGCUAUUGUUACGUAUUUUUGUGUGCUUGUGUAUGUAAAAUCUGUGGUUGUUCCCAUUGUUAUGUACUGUGAGGCGUUAUGUUCAAAAUGGUUCCUUUAGAUCUGAUUUAUUUCCUGUCCCCAAAAAAUGCAUAUAACAAUACUUCUAAUUAGGCGUGCUUACGUGUUAACAUGCAAACGGUAUUUUAUGUGCCUAGAAUAUAUGUACUCAAAGGGGCAGUAUUAGUAGGAGUUCAAGAAUCAUUCAGUAUUGCGUGCUUUAGCGAGAAGUUAACGGGUCGCCAGUCUUAACGGCAAAACCAGCCAAUUUGGUGUGAUGCCAGAGAGAACCUGGCUUUAAGGUUUCACAGUCAACGUGAACAUUCCAUGUCAUGUUUCGUUGGUAUGGUGUGAAGAAUCGUAGUGCUUUUUCUUU